AGCUCGCUUAAGUGCAAAAGAAGCUGGAGAUAUGUCAACUCUGUUUGAUGUUGGUGGCAUUAUUGGUGGCAUUGUGGCUGGUCUCGUAUCAGACUACACUGGAGGCAGGGCCACCACUUGCUGUGCAAUGCUUAUCCUGGCAGCUCCCAUGCUCUUUCUGUACAACUAUGUUGGCCAAAAUGGACUAGGUACAUCCAUAGCAAUGCUCAUUAUCUGUGGUGGCCUUGUCAAUGGCCCCUAUGCUCUCAUUACAACCGCCGUGUCAGCUGAUUUGGUAAGGAUGAACUUGUUCUUUAUUCUUUAUUCUUUAUCCUACUACUUUUUGGCUUGCCAUCUGAGUCAACGCUGGCAACCCACAACUUUUAAUUCACUCGGGUGCAGUUUUGCAGCCCUGCAUGUGUGCGUUUGUGGAUUUUUAUUUCAGUUUCCCCCCGAGGGGAGGCGAUACUUUGCACAACUAUAAUUUAGUGAAUUAAAACAGUGG